AUGCUUCGAACCUUGACACUACUCCUACUGGCAUGUGGAGUCUUGGCCCAGAACCCGCAGUUCUUCUGGCGGCCGCCGGUUCGGAACGACUUCACGUUCUUGACGGCGCGCGACUUCGCCAACGCCGAUCUCGUGCCGACGACCUUGAGACGUUCGACGAGGUCGCUCAGCAACGACAUGAGGAUCUCGGCCCAGGUUCCUUUUCCUCCUUGACCAACCCCUUUCCAAUCUCGCCACCUUUUUUGUUUGUUUUGGCUUUCUUUUCUUUUUUCUCCGCCGCUUUAUUCGAUCUUUAAGACUCUUUGGAACCGCUCCAAGAGUCUCAAGAUCAACUUUCAUUUUCGAGAAAAAAAGUUUAGAAAAAUCGCGUUGAAAAGUUACUUUCCUUGCUAUCAUUUGAAGUUUAAUCUGUUCGAUAGGUGAGAUUUCUGAUUUUUCUACUCAUUUUCAUUUGCUUCAACGAUUAUCUCGAAAGUAUUUUUUUUCAUUCUUUGGAUGAAUUUUUUCAAAGCUUUUUUUAAAAAUCCUCUUUGUGAUUUUAGAGACUGAAGCGGUCAGGCGUUGCCGUGGCAUCGGAGAAGGACAAAUGGCCGAACGGACGAGUACCGUACGUCCUCUCAGCUGCUUACAGUAACCUACAGUACUUUCUGAGCUCUUUUUAUCGGAAUCUUUCAGCCGACGCCCAGAGAGCCGUUCUGGCCAAGGCGUUCCAGGCCUACGCCCAGAAGACGUGCAUCCAAUUCGUUCCGAAGACGUUGACCGACAAGGACUACGUCGUCAUUUCAAAGCUUGAUGGGUACAGUUUUUUUAUUAUUAUUUUUAAUGGACCUUUUUAUCAGUUUGUACUUCACUGAGGGUUCUGUAUUUUAUCAGAAUAACGUCUUUGUAAAAAAAUAUUUUAUUUCUUAAUUUUUCUUUUUUUGUAAAGUCAGAAAAAAUGUUCUUUUCUUUCGAAGUUGUCUUGAUUUAUUAUGAAGUUUAAAAACUCUUCUUCAUUUCUUCACGCUUUUAGCUUGUAAUGCCGUUUUUGAAUCAAUUCCGCGAAACUCAGAAAUUUCUCCAACUCUCCAACAUUUAGGUAUCACUGACGAUAAUAAUUUGAUAAUUUAUUUUUUCAGUUGCUACGCCGACUUUUCUCGAGUUGGAGGCAGACAGCAAGUUUCAUUGGCCGAUGAAUGUAUCGACUACGCCACGAUUAUUCACGAAUUGAUGCACGUUAUUGGUGAGGCUUUUCGAACAAAUCGAGAUUGAUUAUUUUUUUCAUUGAUUCGAGUUUACUUUUAACAUUGACCUUUCUGGAAAAAUGAUAAACUGUAUUAUUAUCCAAAGUGUCACAUCUUUAAACUACCAGCUUCAUUAAAAAUUUUUUAAAAUUCGAUUCGGAGUAUUAUACGUAGGGUCCGCAAGCCAUUUCUUCAAAACGAUCCAAAAAAUAUGCUUUUUACACUGUCCGAUAGAGGAGACUGUCCAUUUUCAUAAUCCGUUCAGUUUUAGAAAAAAGCUCCACUAAGAAAAAAGUUAUGGCCAAAAAACUAGCGCGCGCGGCGUUCAACUGGAGGCAAAAUCUCACGGUUUACCCGCUGCCGCACGCUUUCUUUUUAAAUGUUUUUGCGCAUUUCUGAACCGUUUUCGAAUCGGUUUUUUGUUCUGAGAGGCUGUCCGAACUGAGCUUAACGUUUUGGCAUAAAUCUUUUGUACAAUCCUCAUAAGAAUUUUUUUGAUAAAAUAUCAAAAAAACUACUUAGAAAAAAAGGGUCAGAAGGAAUUUUCAGCUUAUUUUUUUCUUUUUUUCUAAUCAGAAAAAAAUUAUUAUCAUUUGGUUUGGAAAAAAAGAAAAAAAUGAAAAAAAUAAUGUUAUUUCGAAAUAAAACAGGAAAAAUGUGUAAUUUGACUCCAAAAAAACGGCUCCUGCGACAUUUAAAAGUGCGCAUCGGUGUGUUUGACGCAAACACAGCUACGAACGCUUGCACGAAUUCUUCCAAAAAUUUCAAAAAAAUUGCCAUUUUUUUCGAGGUUUUUCAAAGCCGUUAUUUUUUUCGCGUCGUUUGAUUUUUUUCAUAAUUUUUUUCAUUGAUAGAGUUUUUGAACGCUUAAUAACAUAAACAAAAAGUAUAGACGCGAUCCUAUUCUCUCAUUCGUCAACGAGGCAGGCGAAAAAAAGGAGGUUUUUGGUAAAAUCCAAAUAUAAUUUGAUUCACUGUCCCAAUAAUUAUUUUUCAUUUUUGAAUUUUUUUGUUUGUGAGCACAUUGUGAGUUUUUUUAAAUCAAAUAAAAAAAGUAUACCAUGUCGCUGAAAUUUUUUUCGCAUUUCAGCUUCAAAGUUUGGUGUCACUUUACAAGCUUCGAUUUUUUUCGCGUCGUUAGAUUUUUUUAAAAAUUUUUUUAUUCAAAAAAAUAAAGAAAGUUUUAAUGUAUAACAUACUCAAAAUUCGGAAGCGUUCCUCACUUGGUUUUCAGAAACGCGACGAUUUUGUGAAACUUGUCCGUUUUUUUCGUGUUAAAUCUUACUUUUUUUCGCUUAUUUUUUUGAAAAACUACAUAGUUUAAAAAGUUUUUUUCAGCCCUGUAGAGCGUUGUCGAUUACAUAGAUUAACAGAGACAGUUUAUUUUUAAAGUGGAACUUUAGCUAGUAUAAACGCCUCAAAACCGUUUUUGCAACAAAAAAAUCGUCAUUUUGGUGGCGUGAAGGGGCGGGGCUUUGCUCCCCCUAAUUAUACGGGCCCCUUCGAAAGUUAGGACGGUAGUUUUUUGGAAAAUUAGGUCAUACUCUCCUUUUGUGAAAUACGACCUUCACGAUAAUUAGCACGUGAAUUUUUUUCUUUUCUACUAUUGCUAUAUUUGAUAAAUAUUUUUUCUAAUUAGUUAUAUUUUCUUUCAUUGUGUAUUGGCUAUUCGACCUUUGAUUUAUUGAUUAUAAAAAAAUUGAACCUAUUUUUUUCCGUUUGAUUUUUGAAGUCGUUUCCAAGUAGAAACUUCUCAUUUCAAGCUCAAAAAAAUAAGAUAAAUUUUAAAUUACAACUGUUUGGCCUUAACAGUAACUUCAAGGGGACUUGUAAUUUAUAUAUAACCCAUUCACGGCGCGGAAGGGGCGUGGCUUGCCUGCGCUCUCCACCAACCAUGAACUAUCUCUUUCAUUAUCGUGUCAGGACUUUCUCAAUGGCGCAAGCCAGCCGUGAAUCAUCUAUAAAGUAUAGGGGGCUUUUUUAAAUUUUUUUUAAAUUUUGACAUAACAUUGAUAAUUUCAGGCUUCAUCCACGAACAUCAACGUGACGACCGUGACCACUACGUCACAAUUAUGUGGCAAAACGUUAUUCCAGGUCUCAAAUGGAAAUCGAAAAACUUUUUCACGAGAAAUGAAUUUCCAGGAGCCAACACGGACUUUGACAAAUUGUCCAACUUGGGUCUUUCCUACUACGGGGAGAACUACGACUACCUUUCCAUCAUGCACUACGAGAGCAACGAGGGAAGCAAGAACGGGAAAAAUACGAUCGAAGCCAAGGUGAGGUUGAUAGGAUUCCAAUGAAAAUCUUUUUUUUAUUGGGGUCUGUAAAUUCAAGGAAGGUUCUUUUACUUUGCGGUUGGAAAUUUCCUAGAAAUCGGCCAGAAUACUCAUUAUUUUAAUAGAAAAAGAUCCUGGGAGUCUAAAACUUCCCAACUUCCUAGUUUACGAGAAAUAAGGGCUCAUUCGGACGGCUUUUGGAGGUUGUGUUAAACUUUGAGAUUUUCUUUUUCAAAAACUUGAAAUUUGGGAAAGUGAGACAGGCAGUCUUACAGUGUCCUACCAAAAAUUGUAGCCAAGAUUUUUUUUAAAAAUAAUCCUCAUUCCUAAGGUUCUAAGUUUUUAAUGUUGUUCCUAUGGGGAUUACUCUGGAGUUUUUUUUUUUAGUUAUUUAACAUUUUUUAAAUUUUUUUCUUUUUUUUUUAAACUAAAUAAGACAUUGUAAAGUAUAAAAUAGGUUCAAAAAAGGGUUUUCCUUCUUUUUCAGCGCUUUUGCCUCAUGUUUUCAAGUCGAUUUCAGCUACGGAGCGCAAAAGUUUUCAUUUAAAAAAGCAUUUUGACAGUUUGAAAACCUUGUGAAUUUUUCAGCGAAGCUUAUAAAUAAACCCCUGAUUUCCAGAACAAGCACUUCACUCGAAUCAUGGGCCGAGCUUCUGAUUUUUCGACCAGCGACCUUCGAAGAGUCAAUCAAGCCUACCACUGCCGAAAAUUCUAA